AGCGGUGUGCCGCUCCUGGCGCUCACCGGCUUCCUCUCCGCCGCCGCAGCUGCCGUGGAUGCAAGCGGUAAUUCUUUCCUGGCAAUCAGUUUUCUCCCCGCCUCCGCCGCGGCGGCCAUGGAAUUGGAUCCACGCGGUGUGCCGUCGUUCGCCGCAGCGGCGGACACCUUGGAUUGCGCUACAUGGCGGCUUCUACAAUAAGCACGGGCGCGCCCGCACUCACCCUGGAGGGUGCAGACGAAAUCGGUCCGCCGAUGACGACCAGGAGUGCAUCGCGUUCAGACGCCGGAAUAGCAACCCCUCCUUCCCCGACAACUUGCGGUGCAUUGGCUCCACGGAUAGCUGGCUCGUCCUCGACUACACUGACGAUCGGAGAAAAAUUCAUACCUACUUCUUGCACAAUCCUUUCUCUAAAGAAGUUGUGUCGCUACCAGAGCUGGAUGCCAUCGUUGGUAAUAGUUUCAAGUUAUUUCAGAUCCGCAAGGUGCUCAUUCGGUCGCCCCCUGAUGACCAGCUCGUCAUUAUCAUGACCAACAACUGGAAUUAUCCAAUCAUCUUAAUCCGGCCGGGGAAGGGUGUGUGGCUACCGAAGCCACAAACAACCCCCUUCGUUGACAUCAUUGACAUCGUGCUCGUUGGAAACAGACUCUAUGGGAUCUCCAUGGCGGAGGACCUCUUCUCCUUCAAUAUAAGCUUUAGUGCCAGUGGCGUACCCAUGGUUACCAAUAUCAAGCACCACAUCAGAUCAGGUGAUGCUGAUCCCAAUGUUGAGAGCGACGUAGAUGAGGCCCAAGACCAUAAUGAGCACAAAAAGGGGCGGCACCAGCGCAACUUGUAUGACUUGAGGACUGGAGACAACAUGAUCAUUGAUGGCAUCCUCUGUGACGAGUUGCCUUACGCACCCAACGAUAACCUCGCCACAUUUUGGUACUUGCUUGAGUCGUGUGGAAAGCUAAUCAUGGUGAAGCGGCAAUUGCAAUGGCCUAAAUGUUGUUAUAGCAAAUUUACUCGUAAGCUGGAGGUUUUCGAGGCAGAUUUAAGUGAACGCGCCUGGUUGCCGGUGUCAGCUGGGCUAGGUGACCAGGCACUUUUCAUCAGUAAACGCUUCAGCAAGUCUGUUUCUGCAUCUGGAGGGAUAGAGGAGGAUGCUAUGUAUUUUAUCGAUACGGGUGAGGUGUUCAGCGUAAAAUCCCAAACUCAAUGCCUCCCGGUAGAGAGAAGCAUCGAUUCCUGCUGGUCAACAUGGAUCUUCCCGCCAAGUUAGCUGUAAGAGUACAUUAUAAGAUGUGGAAAAUUUAUUUUCAUUUUAUUAUUAUGUCGAUUUUCACCCAUUAUAAUUCAUGUUUGCAUAGAAUGAUCAUCACAAAUGCUUGUAAUGCAUGUUUGCUCUGGGUGAUCUGCAUUCAUGUUUCCUUGCUUUUGAUGUCACCUUGUUGACACUGCACAAUCGCCGCCCACCAACACUAAGAUAAAGAACCCAUGGAUGAUGGAACCUUCAUGAUCUUGUUAGGUGGGAGCUCACUUACUAGCGUAGGAGACCCAAGGCAACUGCAGUAGGAGAAUGUACUAACAGCCGUUAGGAAAGGGGAUUUGGAUGUGGAAAUGUUUUUUUUGGUUCCGUAUAAGGUUUUCCCCACUAUCUGCAAAUCUGUUAGGCGUUUGUAUUCUUAGCCACCAAGUUGUAACUGGGAUAUAUAUCCCUAGUUGAUCAAUAAGGGCAAGCUAGAAUAAUCUCAAUUUCUCAUCCCCUGCCCUCGUGUGCCAAUCCCUUUUGAGAACUCAUCUCCCUUUGCUGUACUGACAUGGUGGCUGACUACACCAAACACUUGCUUGAGCUCCUCACGCACGUCAAGUACAUCCCAAAUGAUGAAGGGCGCAAUAUCUACACCAACGGUAUUGUGGAACCUCUCAAAAUGCAGGUUGAGUUGCUCAAGCCAGCCACACUCGAGGAUGCAAUGGACGGGACAGUCUCCUAUGAGCACUUGGCAUCGGUCAUGUCCCAGGUUGUUGGCCCAGCCCAACCAACUCACAGGCAUCACUGCCCGUACCUCUUUUACAUCGAGGUCGCUGAUGAGGAUGACUUUAGGGAUGAAUACCCAACCGCUGGUCAGCUUCCGGUGUCCCUCCUCACCGUCAGAGAGUGCAAACUCAUUUCCUUGUUAGACUCCGGCAGCAUCCACAACUUCAUUAAUGAGGCGUGUGACGAUCGCCAAUGGUGAACACGUCUUGUGCGGGGUUCUGGAGUCUCUCGCUGUCACCCAAGCGAGUUGAUCAAGAGGCCAAACAUUUUUUAAAGAAUACUUAUCAAAAAGAAUGUUUUUUAAGGUAGUAUAUUUUUGGAAGUGUUGUUGAGUGCUGGUUUUGUGCACAUGGACCCCAUGAACCCGUUGACAAAAACUCUUGUUUACACUUCCAAAAAUUUUGAAAAGAAUUAUACAUGUAUCUAGAUUAUGUAAAUGUGUGAGUAGUUUUGAAUUUUUGGGUAAAAAAUAUCCAUUUGUAAUAUAUACAAAAAAAGAGAAAUUGGUAUGCACAUAGUUAUUUGGAUAGUGAUAGUCUUUGGUAUCCUUCUGUUAUUUUUGUAUACGGGUUACAAAUGAGAAAUUUGGGCACACAAAAAAUUAAUACCAUUCAUAUAUUUAUACAACGUAUAUGUAUAUUUAUUUUCAUAAUUUUUUUCUGUGUAAAUGCGGGCACUCGACACCCAUAUGUUUUCUUUUCUUUUGUUACUUGUUAGUUUUUUUUUACAAAUUUUUACUUUUUCCUAUGUCGAUCCCUGAUGAUAUUACAUCAACAAACUCGAAGCCAAUUCUUUGCAAGUUUGCAUUAGCAGUUGCUCCAUAAUCAUGUCAUCAAUGGGGCGAUCGGAUACAUUAUUUUCUGUUGAUUCUGCAAUAAUGGGUGUUGUUGUCAAACAGGUUUGUGCUGCCUGCCGUGACGUACAAGUGAUUGUUUGUUUUUAUUUAUUGAACUGCAGACAAUUUCAUUGAACUUAAAUAUCUCUAUCAUGCUCCUUUGUAUUGUGCUUUACUGUAUAUCUGGUGUGUACUUGUGGCCAUUUUAUUUCAGAGUUUCCAGCUCUAAUGGAAAUCAGACUAGUAGGCAAGUAACCUUCAUAUGUUCUUGAAUGGUUGCACUAGCUUUUUAAAUUGGCAGGGGCCGUGGCAAGAGUUGUAUGUGAUGUAACCCCUGCCUAAGAGAAAUCUACAUUUUCUUAGAAAGAAAUAACUUCCAUUUGCUGUUACAGUCACUUUGGUUGCCUUUAUGUAUGUUACCUUCCUAAGUUAUCCUCCCUCUCAUGAAAGAUGUUAUGCUUAUGACAGUAAAGGUGCGAGCUUUCACCUGAUGGCACUGGUACCUACCUAGACUCAAGAUUCAAAUUACUUACAUGCUUGCUGGCUACAUAAAAUUGGUUGUUUUUUGUGAAUAUAAUGGAAAUGCAUCCCCAAACUAAGAGUUUCAUAGUCUUGACUAGUACAUGCAUCCUUCAAACUGGGCUAAAUUUAUUUUUGAAUCUUCCUGACUGUAGAUGCUCUUCUCAAACUAAUAUGGCAGAACUAUAUGUCAUGGCCUAUGCUCUCUGACAGAUAUCUUUUGACAGAAAAUCAAUGAAGCGGCAGCACAUGCCAGUAAGGGCACCUGUUUUUCUCCAUGAAACCAUUGAGCUGUGCAGAGCAUACUCUGAGGCUGCCAAAUCAGUCCUUGAUACCACUCAAGCUACAAGGGGCACUCAUCUCUUACCAAUGGUGGCUUUCUAAAUAGAUGCGGCAGGGGUUUUGUUCUGUAUAUCCACUCAAUGCUCGGAGCCUCGGACUAUCUAACCUCAGGUGUGCAUUGUUGGUAUCAUACUCAAGCGUUUUAUUCAGUAAAGAUUCCCAGUUGAAAGCAGCAGAGGAGGCACUUGCUGGUAGACCUGGGAACGGUCUGGACUGAAUCCAUAGUUUCAGUCAGUUUUUGUACUGGGUUGCCUUUGGAUUGGAUGAAAUGGGCCAAGUCCCUAAAUCAAUUUAGUUUGGUCCGGGCCUUAACAAUUGUUGGACUGAGUUGGUUUGGUCUGGACACGAAACCGAACGGUUCCAGACCGUCUCGACCCAUAGUCUGAAACCAAAUCGAUAGACCAAAUCGUGACCUAGGUGAGGAGCGCCUCUGUACUCUGCGAGCGAUGGCCGCCGCCCGCCACUCGUAGGAUCUUCCGCUGCCGCCGCCGACCAAAUCGAGGGAUCUUCUGCUGCCGCUGUCGUUGCCGCCGGCUGGAGCAUGGUCGCCGCCUUCCCCUCCCUUGGCUGGAGCUUGGCCGCCGCUCACCGCUGCGGUUAGGGCUCGCCGGCUGACGCUGCAGUUGCCGCUGGCUGGAGCUCGGCAGGUAACUCAAGACGACGCCGCCGGUGACUCAAGAUACGGCUGCAAAAGUUGGUAUCAAGAAGAAAGCCGGGGUAGAAGAAACCAUUCAGAAAAGGGAGAUGGAUGUCCAGCAACUAUGUAAAAUGCAUUCUGUAACUGAGUUAUUGUGUAACAUCCAGCAUUCUGUGUAAUAAUUUUAGACCCCAUGCUGUAACAUCCAACGGCUACUUAGUUAGUCAGCAAGCUAUCCUUUUCCUAGUAAAACUGGGUUGCCAUUCUUAUUCCUUGUCCAUGGAUUGAAACUAUGGGUUAAAUCCAUAAAUGGCAUAUGGUUUGGAUU